UCAUUUCAAUUGAUCUCUCAAUCUAAAAUCCUGCAAUAUAUUUCUUCCAUUCGUUUAAAUCACACUACAGUAUCAAGUCCCAAUUGGGUUACUUUUUGAUCCUUCAAAAAUCAAAGCAAGAGUUUCUUUGAAGAAGCCUCAUACAAGAUGUGUUCAGCAGGCAGAACUUGGGCUGUGGCAGCCAGUGUUGGAGUUGUGGAGGCCUUGAAGGACCAGGGUCUUUGCAGGUGGAAUAAUGCCUUAAGAUCAGUUCAACAUCAAGUAAAAAACAACGUGAGAUCCUUGUCUCAGGCAAAGAAUCUUUCUUCCUCUUCUUCUGCUAUGGUUUCUGGUAGAUUGAAGGAAGAAGGGAGGAAACAGUCAGAGGAAUCAUUGAGGACAGUCAUGUACUUAAGUUGUUGGGGUCCCAACUAGAGUCACAAGGCAAUUACAAAACUUUGUGUCUAAUUUGAUUGAACCUUUGCCCCCAAGGGAAGGUGGGGCAGAGAUUUCAUGGUCAUGUCCGAGAAUUGCUAUUCUAUUGUGACAGAUUUGGAUGUAAAUUUUGAUGAAUGAAAACUAUCUGAUUGUGUUAAA